AGCAAGUAGAAAUACAUUUGAUAUGGUCGGAAGAAUCUCUAGCAAGAGCGAAUGAUCCAAAGCUUGAAGAAAGAAACGCAAGAUGCAGAGGAUCGCUUCGAAGGGGCUCCGUCUAGUGCUGCUGGACUCACGGAACGCGGCGUCAUGGCCCGCCCAGGUGCUGCCGCGCCUCUAUCACGAGAGGGUAAUCGAGCACUACGACAAACCCCGCAAUGUCGGGUCAUUUGAUAAGAACGAUCCCUCCGUCGGCACCGGCCUGGUCGGUGCACCGGCCUGUGGCGAUGUCAUGAAGCUCCAGAUCAAGGUCGACGAGGAGACCGGAAAGAUCGUCGAUGCUCGCUUCAAGACCUUCGGUUGUGGCUCCGCCAUUGCUUCCUCCUCUGUAGCUUCUGAAUGGGUGAAGGGAAAGCAAUUGGAAGAAGUUGUGACUAUCAAAAACACGGAAAUCGCAAAAUAUCUCUCUCUCCCACCCGUAAAGUUGCACUGCAGCAUGCUUGCUGAAGAUGCAAUCAAGGCUGCCGUUAAAGAUUAUGAAGCUAAACGUGCCAAAUCAGAUGGCAGUGCAACGGCAGCACCUGCAGAGAAGGCCGCUGAAGCUUGAUGUUAUGUAAUUUGAUGAUGAAAAUGAAAAAUAUUUGAUAGUCAGACUUAAGUAUUUAAUGGAAUGUACCUCAUGUAUUCUUUUUUUUUUUUUUUUUUUAAUAAAAAAAACGUAGUUUAUAUUCCA